AUGUGGCCAGAUGUGGGAGAUGGUGGCGAUGACCUGGAGAGAGUUCCUCCCACUGUUCACAAACGCAACACAGAAACUCUCCAGGAAUGACAUCAGGAACCUCUUCACAAUAUCCUGGAGUCCACAGGGCAGCAACCACAGAGAACAGGAGGAGGAGACUGUCUUCCAGUGGGAGUGCUGGCUGAUGUCCAUUCAAGAAGAGGAGAUGGAUAUUUCCUUUGAGGAGUUGCUGGUGUUUGUGACAGGAGCCGAUUCUGUCCCCCCCUCUUGGGUUCCCGCAGAAAUGCCAGCUUGACUUCUAUAAUCAGGAGGAUGGGAGCUGCCGCAUUCCUUAUUCAUCAACAUGUAGCCUUUGCCUCUUCCUCUCGAGAGGGGUUACAGAAGAAGAGGAGUUCAGAAGACUUAUGUUCCUUGCCCUGAAAGGGUCUCUUGGUUUUGGGAAGGUGUGAGGUAGAACAAAAAGUGUUCAUUUCAUGGGAAGUAGGCAUUGGAUUGUUUACACCAAUAAAAUGUCUUGAAUGUAUGCAUUUGAAAUCUUUUUUUUUUUUUUUUUUUUAACUAGCAUGAUAAACAAAUGGAAUUGAAGUGUGUGUCAUGAUCUUGGGUGAUUUAUAUUCUGAUGCUGUUUAUCCACAUUUUGUAGCUAAAAUAAACAACAAUGUAUGCCUACUUAUGUUUAGUAAUAGUGUGUUAGUGCCACGUAGAGGUUUGAUUAGGCUAAUGAAAGGAGGAACAACAACUCAGAUGUAGUUUAUUACUUUAAUAUGCUUUAGGAUUAAAUCAGAAAAGCAUCCCCAUAUGCAUUAAACUGCCUCAUAAAAUCACCU